AUUAUCUCCGUCUUCCUUCUUCUGCGGCUGCUGCUACUACUGCCACGACCACCAUUAUUCCCCCUUCCAUUUCCUCCCCUCGCUCCCCGUCGCCAUCACCAACGCAGGAAUCCAUCCUCGUUUUAUAUCGACCGGUCGAGAGCGAGAAGGCGGAUCGAAGAAGAAGAGGAGGGAUGGUGGGGCCCGGCCGCCCGGUCUUUGUGCUCUUCGGAUCAUCCAUCGUUCAGUUCAGCUACAGCAAUGGCGGGUGGGGGGCGAUCCUCGCCGACGUCUACGCCCGCAAGGCUGAUAUUUUUCUGCGUGGAUAUCUUGGUUGGAACUCAAGACGUGCUGUCCAAGUGCUUGACAAAAUUUUUCCAAAGGAUGCAGCCGUACAACCUUCUCUAGUGAUAGUUUAUUUUGGUGGCAAUGACUCAAUGGGGCCUCACCCAUCUGGCCUAGGUCCUCAUGUCCCUCUUCCAGAAUAUAUUGAGAACAUGCGAAAGAUAGCAACUCAUCUGAAGGGUCUAUCUGAAAAAACACGUAUUAUUUUCCUUAGCAGUCCUCCUCUGAAUGAGGAAAUGCUUCGCCGGUCACGAAGUCCUGCUCUAAGUGAGUUAGUUCGGACAAAUGAAAGGUGCCAACGAUAUUCUGAAGCUUGCAUAGAGCUGUGUAAGGAGAUGGAUGUGAAGGUUGUUGACCUGUACAACGCAAUUCAAAAGCGGGAUGACUGGAGUACUGCUUGUUUUACUGAUGGUAUUCACUUGUCAUCUGAAGGAAGCAAGAUAGUUGUAGAAGAGAUACUAAAGGUCAUAAAAGAAGCUGAAUGGGAGCCUUCUUUACACUGGAAGUCAUUGCCAACAGAAUUCGGAGAGGAUUCACCUUACGAUGUCGUUUCUUCUGAUGGAAUGUCCACAAUCAACAUUUCCAAUUGCACUUUUCACAGGGACAUGCAGUGGGAUUAGAAAGAACUUAAAUCCUUUCAACAAAAGGAGUCAUCAGUGGGAUGCACUCAGUAUGGAACAUCUGAGAAAUAAUGGGGAGAACUUCCAAAGCAAAAUGACAUGGUGCUAGAUCUAAAGAUCUUGGAUUUAUAGUCAUCAAACUUUGUAUGCAUCGGACUAGUUGAUUUUGUACCUUCAUUUACUCAUCCAAACUGAUCAAUAUCUUUCUUUA